CAACAUGGCUGCCCCCUCACAACGACUCCGUUGUUUUGGGGUGUAUAAGGUAUCUUCCUAAGGUUUCAUGUAUCACUCAGGAUGUGAAUCCAGUGCAUCAGAUCGAGUCAACAAUGUGCGAGGAGAGUAAUGGAGCUGCUGCAACGUCUGCAGGCGACCUGCACCAAGAUUCUCCUCUUGCAAGGCAACCGGGAACCGUGGGAUCUUUACGGGGCUUUGGAUCGGGUCACACAUCUUGUUGGCGAUGUUCUCUCACAUGGCAUCAAGACUGGGUGUCCAAGAUUGGGCAGCCUUGACAAUCAUGUGGACAUAGGCCUGGGACUGACCAAGAGUGAUCUCCGCAUCAGACUGUUGGAGAAGGACAUCACA